AUGGAUUUUUCAGAGGUCGUGAGACUUCUAGAAGACACAAAGCGCCAGGAAGCUCGGAGAAAUGUUGAGCGUCUCCUCAACAACCCUCCGUCUUGCCAACCACCCUGGGGAAAAAACCUCAAAGAACUAGUCAAAUGGGCCACGGAAUGCAAAGUCCAAUCAGAACAAGAGCCAGAGUCCAAGGCACCUGAACGACCGACCCUCAAAAUGUUUCAACCCCCACAUCUCCAAGAUUUCUGGAGCCGCAACCCCAAGUGGGUGACCGACUACUUCGUCAACGCACAGAAGUAUCCACGCCUCGAGGUGAUUGUUCGCGCCAUGGUGCAGGAACAUCUGGUGGCGGAACAGAACUACAUGUCUACUAUCAAGGCGCAUGUCAAUCCAGAAAGUAACAAUGAGAAGAAAACAGGAGAGGGAGCGAGAGAAGGGGCAGACGAUCAUGCAGAUGAUAAGGCAGAGGAGGAGGCGGAAAACAAAGCAACAGAAAAACAGGAGACCGGAGACGAAGUCUCCGACGCUGACAAAAAGAUCUUAUUCCAAGAUCUCCAGAAUGUCGUCAAACAGCAUAUACGCCUCAAGGAAAUCCUCGACUGCUACUGGGUCAUGUCGCACGAGGGCGCUCUCAUCCAAGACGCCAACCACAUGCUCUUUAUGGAACGCCGCCGAGCCUCAACCGCCCCGUCAGAGCGUACUAACCCGGCUCCACCUAGUAACCUACCACUUGUUUUCCCCCAAAUCCAUCAUGGUGCCACCCCAACCCCUUCUUCUUCUUCUUCUUCUUCUCCCCUUUUCAAAACACAAGCCGAAGAAGACGCUGAAGGUGAGAAGUGGAUCAACGAUCGGGCACUUGAUCUUCGCGAGAUAUACCCUUCAUUGUCCGAAGAGGCGGCUAAAGAACUCGCUAAAUGUGAGAAGAAGGUUUGUGAACACGCAGAUUUCCUUAACGAGUAUGAAGAGAAGAUGGGUGACCGCACCUUCCUCUUGAUGGCCAAGCAGAUGGAACUGAUGGAAAUCGAUGAAAGAAACAAGCUCGAGAAGCUUAGACUCAAAGCACAGGAGAUGGCGCUUGAGUUGCAGGAGAAGGAGAUGAGUGAGAGGGAGAAGGCUUUGAGGGAACGUGAGAACCUCAAGAUAUUGGGAGUGUGAGUGAUGAUUCGGUGGAAUAUGCUGGAUGAAGGGAGAAAGAACUGAAGAGUUGAGGAGGAAGGGGAAGGGAAGCUAGAUGCCAGAUUAGCGUUGGAAUUUAGAAGCAUGAUAUGGGAAGGAAGGGCUCAAAUUUGAGGGGUUACUGCUGGGCUCACAGUCAAGAGGAGGCAGGGAAGAAAAGGCUUCGAUAACUAGUGCGUCCAAAGACUAGAAUGUACUCAUCAUCAGGAGGACAUGGCUGAAG